CUCUUCCCUUAAUCUGACCCAGUAAUUGACAACCCCAGGCCCUUUCUCCCUCAGUUGCCUCCCUCGGUCCGGGUUCUGACGCCCCGCCCCUCCUCGUCUCGGCCUCCGGAGAGCAUCCACAUCCAGGAUUGGCAUAAGGAACAUGGAACCUACUUCUUGUGAUACAUUUGUGGCUUUGCCUCCUGCAACAAUUGGCAAUAGGAUUAUUUUUGGAAAAAAUUCAGAUAGAGUCUUUGAUGAAGUACAAGAGAUAGUUUAUUUUCCUGCUGCAUUUCAUGGCUCUGGAAAAAAACUUGAGUGCACCUAUAUAGAAAUUGAACAGGUGACAGAAACAUAUGCUGUCAUCCUGAGUCGGCCAUCUUGGUUAUGGGGUGCAGAAAUGGGAGCCAAUGAACAUGGAGUUUGCAUUGGUAAUGAAGCUGUAUGGGGAAGAGAAGAAGUAAGCGAUGAAGAGGCAUUACUUGGCAUGGACCUUGUCAGGCUUGGUCUUGAAAGAGCUGAUACAGCUGAAAAAGCAGUUACUACUAUUGUCAAUUUACUAGAAAAAUAUGGACAGGGUGGAAAUUGUUCGGAGAGUAUGGUAUUUAGCUAUCACAAUAGUUUUCUGAUAGCUGAUAGGCAUGAAGCCUGGAUUCUCGAAACUGCAGGACAAUAUUGGGCAGCAGAAAAAAUAGAAGAGGGAGUUCGUAAUAUUUCCAAUCAACUCUGUAUAACCACCAAAAUUGACCGAGAACAUCCCAAAAUGAGAGAAUAUGCUAAGGAAAAAGGUUGGUGGGAUGGUCAAAAGGAAUUUGAUUUCACGGCUGUGUAUUCCCAUCUUCAAAAUUCCUGUAUUACCACAUUAACAGGCAGAUACUGUGAGGGUUCCAAGCUUCUGAACAAAUAUAAAGGAAGCAUGACUUCUGAAAAAAUGAUGGAAAUUCUUCGAGAUAAAGAAAGUGGCAUUAAUAUGGAGGGAGAAUUUCAGACUACUAGCAGCAUGGUUUCUAUUUUGCCUACAGAUCCUACUCUUCCAUGUAUUCAUUUCUUUACAGGAACCCCUGAUCCUGAAAGAUCUGUUUUUAAACCAUUCAUUUUUGUACCAAAUAUAACUGAGUUAUUAGAUACUAGCUCACCAACAUUUGGACAAGAAGAUCCAGUUAAAAAGAAGCCACGUUUUCAGAAUAAGCCUGACAGAAGACAUCCUCUUUACCGAAAACAUGAAGAGGCAGUAGAAAUGAUAAUUUCCAAUAAGGAAAGAGGAAGAAAAAUGCUGGAAGAGAUGAAAAUACUGGAGAAAGAAAUGCUCAAAGAGAUGGAAUCAGUCCUUCAAAAUAAGAAUCUUGAUGUAAACAGAGCUGCUAGCCUUUUUUCUCAAUAUGUGAACAAUGAAAUGAAAAUUUAUGAAUCAAAUAUUAGCUCUUUCUGAACCUAGCAUGUUCAAAGAUCUUCUUUAAAAUCAGUCUUAAGCUUAUUAAAUCUAGCAAAUCUGAG